AUGUCAUCCCUCCGCUCAACAAUCACCCAUCUACGGCCUUUAAGGUCCCAAAUCCAAUACCGUCUUUACUCCACAACCCCUCCUUCCGCACCGCUCAUCCUCUCGCAAUCAAUCCCAGCACCCCACCUCGGCUCCAUCCGUGUUUUACUACUUAACCGACCAAUCGCCAAAAAUGCCCUGAGUUGGGACCUUUUGAAGGCUUUCCGUGAGGAAAUCGAUUCGAUUGCAUCCGAAGCUGGGAAAGGAGAGACCAGAGCAUUGGUAAUUGGGUCCAGUGAGUCUGGUGUUGGUGGUGUAUUUUGCGCCGGGGCUGAUUUGAAGGAACGUAAAACCUUCACCCCUUCCCAAACCACCACAUUCCUCCACUCUCUAAACACAACCUUCACAACCCUCUCCAACCUCCUAAUCCCCACCAUCUCCUGCAUCCCAACCCACGCCCACGGCGGCGGCCUCGAACUAGCUUUAUCCACCGACCUAAGAAUAACACACCCAUCAGCCCAACUCUCCCUCCCCGAAACCCGUCUGGGUAUAAUCCCAGGCGCCGGUGGAACCCGUCGGAUCUCUCAGAUAAUCAGCAGAAGUCGCGCGUUGGAUAUGAUACUCACAGGACGAAGGGUUGGUGCCGUUGAAGCGUUGAAUUGGGGACUUGUGGAUAGAGUUGUUGAGGAAGGGAAGGAUGUUAAUGAUGAAGGGGUGGAGCUUGCGAAGAGGAUAUGUGAGGGGGGACCGUUGGCGAUUGUGGCGGCGAAGAGGGCGGUUAAAGUUGGGUUGGAUGGGGGGUUGGAUGUUGAAGGGUUGGCUUAUGGGGGGAUUAUUGAGAGUCAGGAUAAAUUUGAGGCGCUUAAGGCUUUUGCGGAAAAGAGGAAGCCGGAGUUUAAGGGAAGGUAG